UAUGUAAUCAAUAGGAAUAACAAUUGUAUUAUACCCCUUGGUUGGGAAAAUAAUUAUAUUAUCAAUAUUGGACGUAUGCUGAUAACUAAAACAUUUAGUUAGAGUGAAAUUAGUUGAAGGUGUAAUGGAUGAAUCAAGAAAAAAAAGAUGUAAUAUCAAGGUUAGAGCAGGAAAUAGCAAAGAAAGGGGAGGAAGUCCCACAAAAAUACAUGAUUAAAAAUGAUGUAAUAUCUCCAGCCAUUGAUGCCUCUGCCAAUUUAUGGGAAGAAACUUUGUUGAUCGAUUUCAAUCUCAUUUCCUCUGGUUCUUCAUCUGCUCAUCAACAUGAACUUUCCAAGCUUCAUUCUGCUCUCGAAAAUUGGGGUUGUUUUCAGGUUAUAAACCAUGGUAUGACAAGUUUAUUUCUGGACGAAUUGCUUGAUGUUACUAGGCAGUUUUUUGCACUUCCUUUAGAGGAAAAACUAAAAUCGGCAAUGGAAGAAGAUAUUUUUAACGGAUAUGGAAACCCGGCUAUUGUGCUUGCUGGAGAUAAGCCUAUCAACCGGAAUGAUAGACUCUUUCUUACAGUUUAUCCCGAGGAUCAACGAAACCUCAAAUUUUGGCCUCAGAAGCCGUCUAGAUUCAGGUACAUCAGCCAAUCGAUUAGGCUAUUUAAUCUUCGCGCCAUUAUUAUUGAUCUAAUUUUUUUAAAUAAUGAAAACUAAUUUUCCUAAUUUUUGCAAUUUUCUUUUUUCAAGAUUAAGAACAAAGAUUAAAUGUUUGACAUUGUCACAACUCACAAGACAUACAUCAUUAUUCAUUACUAUGUUUGACCAGUGAGAACUUCAUAUAUAUAUACAUAUAUAUAAUGAGUACUAACAUAUAGUGUUAUCUGUGAUAAAUUAUUGAGGACUCAGUGAAAUUUUACAAGAAUUUUCCCUAAAUUUGAGAAUGAUGUUAGAAGUCAUCCUUAAAGCCAUGGCGCGAUCUCUGGAAUUAAGAGAGGACAGCUUUUUUAAAGAACAUGGUGAACGUGGACUCAUAGAGACAAGAUUUGGAUACUAUCCACCUUGUUCGCGGCCUGAUAAAGUUUAUGGUGUUCGUCCUCAUUCUGAUAGAUCCUCUAUUACAAUGCUUCUGCCAGACAAAAAUGUGCCGGAGAGCCUGCAUAUCCUGAAAGAUGAUAAGUGGUUCAAUUGAUUAGCACUAAUCAACCAGAACUGUAUAAGAAGACGAGCAUGAAAAUUUACAAAGAACUGUUCCUUGAGACCUUUCCUCAGGACAUAAGGGUGCUUGAUGUUCUCAAAAUUAAGCACUAGUAUCAUUCAAGACGAACUUUAACAUCAUAUCUUACAAGCUGUUUCAAGAAAUGUAAUAAGUUUCAGCUC